AUGUCCCGUAUAUACCAACUAAGUCGCGCCCUUCAACACAGCCGGAUUGGCGCUCUCCGGCCGGGCUCCUCCCUACUACCCGCCCGGCCCUCCCGCCGCUCCGGCUUCAGCACCAGCGCCGCACGCCCAUUAAUGGAACUAACAGGCUUCACCGAAGAGCAACUAACAGUGCGCGACGCGGUAUCCGCCAUCUGCGCAAAAUUCCCCAACACAUACUGGCAAGAAUGCGACCAGAACGAGCGCGACCCGAAAGAGUUCCACGCCGCCCUAGCCCGAGACGGGUGGUUAGGGAUCGCGCUGCCUGAGGAACUAGGAGGCGCAGGUCUAGGAAUCUCCGAAGCAACGAUGAUGAUGCAAACCAUCACGCAAUCCGGCGCCGGCAUGGCCGGCGCACAAGCCAUCCACGCCAACGUGUACGCAACACAACCACUCGCGCGGUUCGGCACGCGCGAGCAACUAGAAGAAACCAUCCCCAAGAUCAUCGACGGUACAUGGCGUACCUGCUUCGGCGUCACGGAGCCCAACACGGGUCUCGAAACGCUGAAGCUAAAGACUCUAGCCACCAAAAAGUCCUCCGAAGAUGGUAGUAGCAUCUACUCCGUCUCAGGGCAAAAGAUCUGGAUUACCUGCGCGCAAGUGGCCAGCAAAAUGAUCCUAUUAGCGCGCACGACCCCGUUGGAAGAAGUAACCAAGUCUACGCAGGGUCUAUCGAUGUUCUGCAUCGACAUCGACCGCACCAAGCCCGGUCUGGACAUGCGCAAGAUCAAGAAGAUGGGCGGACGGGCUGUCGACGCUAACGAGGUGUUCUUUGAUGGAUACGAAGUACCUGCGGAUACCCUCAUCGGGCAGGAAAACGAUGGAUUCCGGAUUAUUCUGCAUGGUAUGAACGCGGAGCGGUGUUUGCUUGCCGGUGAGGCAUUGGGGUUGGGGUAUGCGGCGCUGGAGCGAGCAGCGGAUUAUGCGAAGGAGAGGGUGGUGUUUGGACGGCCAAUUGGGCAGAAUCAGGGCAUUGCGCAUCCGUUGGCGGAUGCGUAUAUGAGGUUGGAGGCGGCCAAGUUGGCGACUUAUCAUGCUGCGAGGCUGUAUGAUGCGUCGAAGAAGGAUGAGACGAUUCCGUUGCAUUCGGUGGGAGUGGCGUGUAAUAGUGCGAAGUAUUUGGCUGCUGAGGCGGCGUUCACGGCGUGUGAGAGGGCGGUGCUGAGCCAUGGGGGUAUGGGGUAUGCGAUGGAGUAUGAUGUGGAGAGGUAUUUGAGGGAGUGUUUGGUGCCUAGGAUUGCGCCGGUGAGCAGGGAGAUGAUUUUGAAUUAUGUGAGUGAGAAGGUGUUGCAUUUGCCGAGGAGUUAUUAG